UCCUACUUCCGGGUCUAAACGCUCCUGUGUUCAAUAUGACACAAUGCUGUGUUCCUGGUUGUUUUAACAAAUCUGGCUCAAAACAACAGUCUAAUCUGUCAUUUUACCGGUUUCCUUGUGAAAAGAGAGAGAAGAGGAAGUGGCUGAAGUUGAUAAGACGUGAAAACUUCACCCCAAACUGCAACUCAAGAGUCUGCAGUUGGCACUUCCCUCAAGGAAAAGCUGCGGGGCCAACAAGAUUUGCAUGGAACAACGGGAAGUCUUUUCAGUUCCCAGAUGACCACAACCCUGUUAGAAAAAAGAAGAAAAAAGAGCAGGUCCCAGCUAUUGGUGAAAAUCAGAGUGAAAUAUCAGAUGAGCCACAUCAUUCCAACAAUGCAGCUACACAGACAGAUACUGCAAGUUCCACAAGUUCUUCCCAAAGUCUUCUGGUGCUAGAGAUUCAGAAUGACAUGCUAAGAAUAGAGAAUGAAAAACUUAAAAAACAAGUAGAGAAGCAGAAGCAGACUUUCUCAUUCAGUCAAAUAUCUGACAAUCCUGAAAGGGUCCAGUACUAUACUGGAUUGCCCGAUGCUGCUUCUGUCCUGUUUUUAGAAGCGCUUCUUUCCAGAUUUGAUCUUAAAUAUCAUUCUGAUUGGACUGUCCAAAUGAUGCCCCUAAUUGACCAGUUAUUUCUAACCCUGGUGAAGCUCAAACUUAAUUUUGGUCAUGAAGACCUUUCAAUAAGGUUUAACUGCAGCAGAGGCACAGUAACUAAUAUUUUUACAACAAUUGUUAGUGCACUGUAUGACAUUUUGUAUGUUGGCAUGCUGGAAAACAACAUUCCCUCGAGAGCCAAGAAUCAAACAUCACUGCCAGAUUGCUUCCAACCAUUUCCUAACUGCAGGAUUGUGCUUGACUGCACGGAAGUUUCUGUUUGUAACACAGAGAGACUUGACACACAAAGUCAUUUGUACAGCCAGUACAAAGGACGGACCACACUAAAGGCUCUAAUUGGUGUGGCUCCUAAUGGUGUAAUAACCUUUGUAAGCAACUUGUACGGUGGAAGUGCCUCAGAUAAGGCCAUAACAGCUGACUGUGGAGUACUGCAACAUCUACAACCAGGUGACAUGGUCAUUGCAGAUAAGGGCUUCACAAUUCGGGACAUCCUACCAGAAGGGGUCUCACUGAACAUUCCGUCCUUCCUCACCAACGGACAAUUCACACAGGAGGAAGUGAACAACAACAGGAAGAUUUCCUGUGCAAGAAUACAUGUAGAGCGUUCCAUUCAAAGACUGAAAGUUUUCUCAAUUUUGCAUCACAUCCCAUAUCAGUUAAAAAAAAAUAUUAAUAAGAUCUUGAAAGCAUGUGUGUGUCUUACAAAUUUACAAACACCUAUUCUCCGUGAAAUUGAAUAAAUUAUACCUGUGAGAGUUCAGAGGUAAAAGUAGAUUGUGUCAUUUUCUAACUACUUGUGGACCAGAAAACACAACUGUUGAAUAAGUUUACUUUUAUUAUUUAUAACUCCUAAGUGUUCUGGAUUGUUUUGUGUGUAUACUCAGGAUGUUACAACAUAAAAACAACUUAGUUGCAUAGUUUCAAAUUGAGAAUGGUCUCAUUUGUGAUUCGUAUAAUGUUUUACUCGGUUUUUAUCAAUGGCUUGUUACAUUUUUCAUUCCAUUCCAGCUUCCUGAUUACUGCCUAGUUUUCUUGCUAUGCAUUUUCAAUUAAAAUGAAGAAUACCAGA